UUUUAUGAAGAAAAAAAACACAAUAAAUUACUACAACAAAGUAAAAGUACAACAUUCAGAAGUUUUGAUGACUUGAGGUCGGUUUGAAUGAUUUUUGGGACGAUGGCUCAACAUGUGUUGCUCCACUAGUUCAAACCAUCAGUCCUUCAUGUACAGAACAGAGACGAUUAAAGUCAUUUCUACAAAUGUUUCUUUAAUUCUAUUAUGCACGAUUCACCGUUAACACGUUUGAAUGCAGUCAGGCUCUGGUGUGAAACUGAAUGAACUACUAUCUUUAGCACAUCAGACCUGAGAAUGCAGAGUCGGCUUCACACGUCACACUUCCUGUAAGUGAAGCAAGAAGGACUCAAGGUUUCAGCAGAGAGGAGCCUUCAAUGCCCCGAGCUGUGCUCUCACUCAGAGGACUCAAUAAGACCAACUAUUUACCUCUAAAUACAUCCUGCAACCACACAGCUGAGGGGCUACUGGAGGUGUGAAGUCAUUGCAACCAGCCAGAAGACGGAAGAAAAACAAUGACCAUCAACUUUCUGAGCCUGAUGUUGGUGUGGCUGCUGCCGCUGCCGUCCGGUCAGAAUAACACCUUCAGCCAUGUGACGACAGGAAUGCAGGUAACACCAAGCGAGUCCACGCAGGACCAGCUGACGACACGGGAGGCGUCCAGCCUGGAUCCGGUCACAGAGGUCGCAGGUCGUCACAUCGUUCGGUCCAUCGUGGUUCAAGAAAACGGGACGAGACCCAGCGACGAACCUUCACUGCAAACAACUUCUAAAAUGUUCCCACCAGGGAUUCGAACCGCAGCAACUCCAACCAACUCCACAUGGUCUCGGUUCAAAGGCUCAACAGAAAGCGUGAAGUCCAUGAUGGAGUUUAACUUCACAACAUCAGCAGCAAGAGUCGCAACCAGUCACGCCGGCGACCCAACCACAACCACAUGGACACCACCAACGCCAAGCAGCUCCGCCCAAACUCAAUCCACUGACGAUGAAACAAGCCGACCAUCCACACGUCCGACGCCGUCCACAAGCCUCGUCUCUACCACCAACGCAUCUACCGAACCCGUUGAGAACAAAACCGCCAACGCCAGCCCGGUCACAGCUACGCAGUCCCCCGGUUUGUACAGAACGCCAAAGGCCACGACAAAGACGCCAUUGUUCCACGUUGCUACAACGAAGGAAAGACGUCCGGGGGGAAAAGAAAAGCCUGCUAAAGGAUCGAACCACAGCAAAGCAGUGGCGGGGGUAAUAGGUGGAGCCCUGGUAGUCAUGAUGGUGGGCUUCCUGCUGAUCUACAUCAAGAAGCGGAAGCUUCAGAAGCAGCAGAUAACGACUGGAGACUGGGCUGGUCCCUCGCCGUUCCUCGAGGGUGGAGCCAACAACGGCCAGGUGACGAUGAGGCCAUCCAACCGGACGUCCCUCUCCAGCUUCCUGACUCAGAGGCUGUCGAAGAGACUGUCCACGCUGCCGGACGCCGGCGAGGAGUUGGAAGACUUGACGCCGGCGAGCACGUUCGGAGGCGAACAUAAAGGGAGUUUGUUCGGUCGAGAGGCCGGUGGAAGCGACGGGACAGCCGGAGACGUUCCAGAGACGAAAAGCAACGGAGACGGUGGAGAACUUCGUCUCGCUGACGAAUGAGAUGCCGCGCACGAACAACUCGGAGGCAAACCACAUGCAAGACCUUUCUGCAAACCCCCCCACUCCACCUGGACAACCAUGAGUGAACUGAUCCUCCGCUGUCACUGGCUGCUAGGCAGCAAGGACACAGGAAACGACCUCGUCACUGUUUGAGGAAAUGAUCGAGAGAGAAGAGAUGUUCAUCUAAGUCUCUACGCUUACAAAUAAACACAAGAUCAUAAAUAAAAGAAAAAGUCAUGAACUACUCAGUACAUCUGAAACUACAGAAGAAGUAUUUUUCUAAAUCAUGUGAGAUGUUGAACUCGUACUAUUAGUCAACAUGAUCGUUCUACAUGAAGGUUUCUGUGACUCAAACCAGAGCUUUGCUGGAUUCCCUUUAGAAAGUAUAUUUAAUUUAAUUAAAUGUGGCUUUACUGACAUGAAAGAUUCAGAAAAAAUAAAGUUACCAAAGCAUCAAAUAAAAAAAAGUACACAAUAAAAUCAAUAUGAAUAUUUACACGACAUUACUGUUAUAAUAUAUAUACAGCAUUACAAUUACGUGUGUGUGUUGAGAGCUCAGUAAACUCUUUCAUUACAGAGUUGAAUUGGUCAAAAUAAAUGUUCCUUAUUUCAA